AAACUUGAAAUAGAAUAUGGAAUAGCCAUUUAUGGAAAUGCAAAAAACACUGAAUUAAAAAAAAAUAGAAACAAUACAAAAUUUAGCAUUAAGGAUAGCAACAGGAUGUUUUAGAUCCACCCCAAUAGUAUCCCUUCAUGCAUUAACUAACAAUAUACCAAUAGAAGUAAGAAAAAAAGAAAUAGAACGUAUACAGUGAGCAAAAAUACUAGAGAAACCAGAUAACACACCAAGUAAACAAAUUGCAAUAAAUAAUAUCAAAGAAUAUAAUCCAAGAAAAGACAAAAGAACAUUAACUUACAGAGCACUAGAAACCUGUAAAGUAUUCAGAAUCAAUAUAACAACUAAGAAAAUACAGAAUAUAACCCCAGUACCACCAUGGUAUGACAUCUCUCUAUAGGUAAAAACUCAGUUUAUGAACAGCACAUCAAAAGACCUUCCAGAACAAAUAAUUAAGAAAACUGUUUCAAAUGUUAGAAAAUAUAACAUAUAGAGAACAACAACAAAAAUUCACAGAUGUUUCUAAAAUAAAGGAGCCAAAUUCAACUUCAGCAGCAAUAUAUAUUCAAGAUACAAACAUCACAAUAAUCUGAACGUUACCAAAAAUACAAAUAUCACUGUUAUUUGCAUUAAAACAAGGUUUAGAAUACAUUCAAAAUAACAAAUGCGGUAAUCUUCACAGAUUCCCAUUCAGCAUUACAGUUAACAGUAAACCACAAACUCAAAAAACACAAACAAAUCACCCAUGAAAUACAACAGACAAUACACACAUUAUCAAAACAGAAACAGAAUAUCAAAUUACAAUGGAUCCCAUCACAUAAAGGCAUUAGAGGCAAUAAAAUAGUAGAUCAAGCAGCAAAAAAAGCACACAAACUAAUAAAUCCCACUGCUAUAACAAGAGACAUUAACUAUCUGAUAAAAGAAAUAAAAAACAAAAACAGAAAAACAUGGGAAGAAAAACUAUCAGAAAUAUUAAACACAGGAAACUACUACAUCAAAGAACAAACCAAAUCACUGGUCAAGAUAAAAAAACAGAAAACUAGAUGUUUGUUUAAUACGUAUAACAAGACUAAAACAACAUCUAUAUAAACUAAAAAUGGAAACAGAUCCAACAUGGUGCCAAUAUGAACAAGAAAUUAUACAACACCUAACACUCCAGUGCCCAAGAUUUAACUCUCACAGAAUAAAAUUAUUUAAAUCUUUAAAAAAAUAUAUAAAUAAAUAAUACAAAUAUGUCUCUUUAAUAACUGGAGCAGAACAUACACCAGCUAAGAAAUCCUACAUAUUAAGACACCAGAAGAUCUUACACUGAUAGAAACUAAUAGAUAUAAUAUAAAAGCUCCAAUCAACAAAGAAGAACGAAGAAGCACAGAUCCAGGGAAUAUAGACUUCAAAAGUCUAAAACCCCAUAAAAGAAGAAGGAGGAGGAGGAGGGACAUUCAAUUGAACCGUCAUAGAGCAAACUUUCAUUCUGGCAAAGGCAAAUAAAAGUGUAGUGAUAUGGAUAUAUGGAUGCUGUAAUCACCCCUAACACAGGAAAGACUCCUGGUACAGCUGUACAAAUGGACAAUGAAGCCUUAAAUAACAGAAGAUGUAAGAACAGCUACAGUGAUAGUAGGAAACCCACCCUUCAAGCAACAUCAGACCGAAGAAACCGGAAAGAACUUACUGUAGGACUAGUCGGUGGUGAAUACCAACAUUGAAGCCAAUAUACAAGCUAGAAAAAUGAUCCCCAGGCCUUUGUGGACCUUCCUGUUGGUGAGGCUGUCAAGCGUUUUCCUUGUACAAACUUGGUUUGUUGCUGAUGAAUACUGGCAGGCUACAGAGGUUGCCCAUAAUAUUGCUUUUGGGUAUGGUUACCUCACCUGGGAAUGGAAGGAAGGUCUUCGGAGCAUCUUGUAUCCCGGUGUCCUUGCCUGCUUGUACAAGGUGUUGGCUGUCUUUAGUUUGGAUUAUCCUUUGUUAUUGAUUCACCUGCCUAGAGUUCUUCAUGCUUGUGCAUUUGCUGUUGGAGAUUUCUUCACUUGGAAAUUGUCACAGAAACUUUACAACAAGGAUGCAGCUCAUUGGACCUACGUGUGCCUGAUGUCUUCCUGGUUCUUGGAGUACUGUGCCCCUCGAACUCUCACUUCAUGCUUGGAAAUGGUUUUGACAUCUGUUGCCCUCUGGUUUUAUCCAUGGAAGAGUAAAAGAGAGAGUUGCAAUGUUAGUUACCUGUGGCUUGUUGGCAUCUCCUGCAUAUUGCGACCAACAUCUGCGGUCCUUUUUGUCCCUCUGUGUUUGCAUCAUGUCUGGGCCUCCAAUAGUCGACUUUGGCUCACAGUCAAGUUCAGUGCCAUUAUAUUUGCAGUCUUGGCCCUCUCAAUUGGCUUGGACUCCUGGUAUUAUGGACAGCUAGUGGUUGUUCCAUGGCGCUUUGCCCACUUCAACAUCGCAUCUGGAUUGGCAGCACACUAUGGCACCCACCCUUGGCACUGGUACCUGACACAAGGCCUUCCAGCCACCUUGACUAUUCAUAUUGUGCCCUUUCUCUUAGGGGCUGUGUGUCACUCGAGGAGGCACAAGCAUCUGCUGCCACUUUGCGUCUGGUCAAUUUUUGUGUAUAGCUGUCUUGGUCACAAGGAGUUCCGAUUCCUGUUGCCAGUUCUUCCUCUCUGCUUGUGCAUUGCAGGUGACUAUAUUGCAGUCACAAUUGCAAGCCUAUCAAAGAAGAAAGACCUAUCCUCUAAGCAAUGGAGUCUCAUAGUGGCUGCAUCAUUAUGGAUUCCAAACAUUUUAGCCAUGAUAUAUCUUGGGCUGUUCCACCAAAGAGGACCCUUGGACACCAUGACUGUUAUAGAACAGGAGUUGAACACUGUAAAGGAACCAGAUGUGCUAUUCCUCAUGCCUUGUCAUUCCACACCUUACUAUGGACAUUUGCAUAGAAAUAUAUCAAUGAGAUUCUUGACCUGUGAACCAAAUCUGAAACAUCAAGAGAAUUACAUUGACGAAGCAGACAUCUUUGAAAGGAACCCCAUGUCUUGGCUGCAACAAGAGUACAAAAGUAUUACAACACAGGAUUCCAAUAUCAGUCACCACAAAUUGCAUGAAGGGAAAAGAAACUCACUAGGCAAGAGUUUUCCUUCACAUGUGGUUUUAUUUGAUGUUUUAGUUGACAGGGUUUAUGAUUUUCUCAGUGGAAAUGGAUUUCAAAAAUGCCAUGAGAUAUUUCAUGCCCACGUUGAAGAUGGGAGACGAGGGAGGUUUAUCCAUAUCUACUGCAGAGUGUAAGUGAUGGAGUCAACUGCUUAAUUUAUCUGUUCAU